AUGAAGCCGAGCCGCCCAGCCGCCGAGCCGCCCUGCCGCCGAGCCGCCCUGCCGCCGAGCUGCCCGGAAGCCGAGCCGCCCUGCCGCCGAGCCGCCCUGCCGCCGAGCCGCCCGGAAGCCGAGCCGCCCUGCCGCCGAGCCGCCCUGCCGCCGAGCCGCUCUGCCACCGAGCCGCUCAGCAGCUGGACUAUCAGAGCUGCCCUGUCUGCCGUAGACUUUGAGGUCUGGGUCGACGACCAGCAGCUGUUCCUACAGUGCUAUAGGGCAAACGGCCUCUCUCUCUUUGACCUUACCUCUGGCGCUUCCCCUGCCCCUGCUGCUAAUGCUGACGCCACUGUUCGCUCCCACUGGGCCACGCGCGACGCUACUGCACGUCUUGCUGUGCGUCGCCACCUCCCUACCUCCAAGCGUGCGCACUUUAGCCAGUACAAGAGUGCUCAGACCUUGUACGACGCUGUAGUCGUGCGCUACUCCUCCCCUGCCACUGCUGCACUGAGCCGUCUCAUGCUGCCGUACCUCUUCCCUGACCUUGCUGCUUUUCCCACCGUAGCUGACCUCAUCACGUACCUCCGCACUAGUGACACUCGCUACCGCGCUGCACUCCCUGCUGACUUCGAGGCGACUCGGGGAAGGUAG